AUGCCAGUGGACAAUGCUGAAGCUGCUAUAGAGCCCUGGAAAUUCAGGGGCCGAGGAUAUCGUGGCAGAGGCAACUUUGGAAGAGGGAAUCGUGUGAUGAAAGGACAGAUGCCUUUUGGCCGAGGGAAGAUGCAGGAUAAACCAAUGAAUGGAAUUAUACCAAUGAGACGAGGCAUGGGGCGGAUGCAUCCGUAUAUGGACCCCAGAGGACGUGGCGGAAUCAGAGGACGACCUCCAGGAUUUAUGCCGCCACCACCACUUCCUCCAAGAGACAUGGAAGAUCCUUUUCCACCAUCACCACCUCCUCCACUUCCCCCUCCGCAUUUCCACCCGUUAAGGCGUGGCCCUCCUCCACCGCCACCACCUCCAGGACUAAUGGGAUUUAGAGGGAUGCCACCACCUCCACGUGGACGGGGUAUGUUGCCACCACCUCCAAGAGGAAACUUCGGCCCACCAAGAGGCUUUCCCAAUGGACGCGGUGCUGCAGCACAUCCUCCGCCACCUGGCCGGGGCCAGCGAUGGCCCGUCCCGCCAGGUGGCAGACGCUAUUAA